AACUUAAUAUCCAGGGGUAAACACAUGGUUAUUAUGAAGGGCUAUUUUUCUUUAUUUUUACCAGUAGACGUCGGUAUUUAUUUAGUUGAAUUAAAGUCAACUUUAAAGUCAAAACGUGCGCUAGUGCAUAAUUGUCUCAAAACUGUUUUUCGAUAAUCUACUAGUAAUGCCUAGUUGUAUUAUCGCUUCUUAGCUGCACUGCACGCCAAUGUGACUCGAUUAAUAAUCCUGAAACUGGUUUGAAUGUGCUACAGGAGAUGGGAGAGCAACGACAUAACAGGAUGAAUUUUAAUCGUAUUUAUUGCAGAUAAUUGUGAUGCAAACAGACGUACACGUGAGAGAGGGGCGAUUCGAGGAUUUAUGUCUGCAGAGAGGAUGUUUUGCCCCUGCUAGUUAAACGCGCACCCGGAUCUAUUAGCCUAGCUAGCUAGCUAGCUCUCUGGCUUUCGCGGUGAUAAUAACACCCCAGUCAUGGUUCUGAUGAUGGAAUCGCAGUGCGAGUAUUUUAUGUAUUUUCCCGCGGUGCCCAUUUCCGACCUGUCAGACCCGGCUAGGUACCGCACCCUGCCGCGCCGCAGCCACCUCUACCUGGGGGAGACGGUGCGCUUCCUGCUGGUGCUGCGCGCGCAGAGCGGCACGGGCUCCGGAGGCAGCGAGGAGCGCGCGGGCCGCGGCUGGCGCGAACUGGCUGCGUCCCUGCGCGCGCUCGCCAGUGUGUGUCCGGGUGAGAGCAGGGCGCGGGGGAGGGAUCGCUCCGGGGAGGAUGCAGCCGAGGAGGAGGAGAGUGAUGAAGAUGAUGCAGGGAGCUGCUCAGUUAGAGGAGCCACGAACUACCGGGGGUUCAGAGAGUGUAAACCGCUUCUCAUCCACAAUAACCCCGGGAACGGCGCCAGGGAGUUCCGCAGGGCACCCGUCCAGUCUCCUGUGGACGAGCCAGUCGUUCUAAAUGAUGAAGUCAUCUUCCCCCUGACCGUGUCUUUGGAUAAACUACCGGUCAACACACUUAAAGUGAAGAUCAUAGUGACUGUAUGGAAGCAGGAGGAGGAGAAAGCUGAGAUCCAGGAACAUGGCUACCUCAGCAUUCUUCAGCAGAAGAGCCCAUGCCAAACUUUCCGCCAGGACCUCAACACCUUCAAAGCCCAAGUCAGCACCACUCUAAACGUCCUUCCACCGCCCACAGUAAAGUGUCAGCAGAUGACUGUGUCUGGAAAACACUUGACUGUACUAAAAGUGUUAAACGGAAGCUCUCAGGAGGAGGUGUGUGUGCAUGAUGUCCGAAUUCUGCCCAACUUCAAUGCCUCUUAUUUACCCAUGAUGCCUGAUGGCUCCGUGCUGCUGGUCGACAACGUGUGCCAUCAGUCAGGUGAAGUUGCCAUGGCAUCCUUCUACAGAAUGGACAGUGAGUCUAGUCACCUUCCCAGCAUGCUCAGCGCUCUGGAACAGCAAAACUUUUUGUUUCAACUGCAGCUUAGCGAUCAGGCCCAGGAUGAUUCCAAUGAGGGUCUUGAAGUGCCACUGAUAGCAGUCCUCCAGUGGUCCACCCCCAAGCUGCCAUUCACCAGCUCCAUCUACACACACUACAGUGUGCCUAGCAUCAGACUGGACCGGCCUCACUUCAUUAUGACUGCGAGCUGUCCCAGUGCCGUAAGGGCUCACGAGCACUUCAGAGUGCGCUACACGCUCCUCAACAACCUGCAGGACUUCCUGGCUGUACGGCUUGUCUGGACACCAGAGGGUGAGGAGAAAGACCAUGGAGGGAGGAUGAAAAGAGGCCGAGGACAGAAGGAGGACCCGGCAGUAAAUGCAGUAGUGUGUCAUUCUCCUUUAAGUAACCUUGGUUACUGUCGCAAAGGCAGCACUCUCUCUGUGUCUGUGGCCUUCCAGAUCCUCAAAGCUGGACUUUUUGAGCUGAGUCAGCACAUGAAACUCAAGCUGCAGUUUACAGCGUCCGUGUCAAACCCUCCCCCCGAAGCUCGUCCUCUCUCGCGUAAGAACAGUCCGUCCAGUCCUGCUGUACGAGACAUACUGGACCGGCACCAGGCCAGUCUGAGCCUGGGCCGCUCACAGUCCUUCUCCCAUCAGCAGCCGUCCAAAUCCCACCUCACCAGGACAGGCAGUGUUAUGGAACGGCGCGCAAUCACUCCUCCUGUCGGCUCUCCGGUCGGCCGGCCACUCUACCUCCCCCCGGAACGGAGCAUUUUAUCACUCGACAAGAUCGCCAAGCGCGAGUGCAAAGUGCUGGUGCUGGAGUCACACAGCUAAAUGUAUACACACACACACACACACACACACACAUGCACACACACACACAUGCACACACAAUAGGAAGCUUCACAUUCGAAUUUAAUUUUUAAAGUUGUAGUGAGCUGUUAAUUAUUUAACUUAAGCUGAUUUGUUCUGAAAACGUAGAAAAGGGGAAUGUUUAAGGUUCACUGUAAUGUAGCAGGUACAGGGUCUUUUAAGUUUUAGUAGUGAUCAAGUCAUGGGUGCAUUUAUUUUUUUUUUUUGUGUCGAUGUGUUCGUUGUUUACAUGCUGUGCAUUAAGGCUCUGCAUCUAUUUUCAGAUAAAAGUAUGCUAUGGUCUGUCGACUUGAUUCUGAAAGGCAGGUAAAAUGAGAAUGCAGAAAUGCUGUAACCUAUAAAUGUGUGAGGACGUUCAGUCACUUUAAGGCUUUUUUUUUUUUUUUUUAAUGUAGCCAAUUUUAUUUCAGUUCACUUUGUGGGGGCUAGUGUGUAAAGACACACACAGGGUCAUGAAACAGGACUUGAAAGGCAGUAGACCUGCAUGAAUAUUUGUUUAUAGCAUUUUUGAGCCUUCUCUGACUGUUCUGUAUUACAGUAUGCUGUUCCACUGAUCGCCACCAGUGGUUACCUUUUUUUUUAAUUUUUUUAAUGAUUUCUGAAUGUAAAUGCAUUUAUUUAUUUUUCAUGGUCUUGUCUGUCUUAAUAUCUACAUCCAUUCCUUUGCUCCAGCACAAUCCUUUGUAUUCCUUUAUUUUAAUGAUUUAAUGUCUUAUUUAAUUUUAUUUAUGAGUCUAUAAAUUGAUUAUUUUAGGUUUUUAAUUUUGUCAUUGACACCGGAUAUAAGCUGCUAUUAUGUAUCACAGUAAAUUUCGAUCUUAAGUGUUGUAUUUGGGAAACUGAAAUGCUCCUGAGGCAGCGCAGCAUCAGCUUUUGACUUCUCUUCGGCUGAAUCAAAAUGUUAUGCAAUCUUUAAAUGAAGACUGCAGUGCUCCAGUAUAGCGUAGUCCUAAAUUAUUAGAAACAGUCACAUAUAUAACAGCUUCCUUCUCUAAUAGUGGUGAUGAUUCAUGAUUGUUAAACAUUUAAUGGGAUAUGAAAUGUUCUUUUGUGAACUCAGCCAUAUCCAGCUUGAGGUUUUUUCCCCCCUCUUUUCAUCGUGCUUUGCCUUUACACAAGCACUCUCAUACACCCACAACCACAGAUGAGUUAAUGAACCACUUUGGGUUCCUCCUGGUGGGCGUCAUGUCGUCUGACAUCAUUUUGAUUUCUUUUUUAUUCUUUAUAUCAUUCUCGGCAAGUCCCAUGCUGCAGUGCUUUGCUCGACUGGAUGUUACCAGCACCGUGUUAUUGAUUUGUGUGUAUUGAUUUCGUUACAGUCGGUGAUGGGGGGUAGGAGGGUGAUUGUCAGGGGGCUGACAUGCCUCUCAGCUAUAUUUAUAGUUGGACUCAAGCCUCCUAAUUUUAUAUUACAAUCGAUCCAUGACUGAUCAGAUUUAACCCUUUGAAUAGAGAACUGGUGUGCAUACAUGUUCAGUGUUUGUGGAAGGGUCAUCGAUUGGUUUUUAAUUAGCUGAGUUGGUUUAUAUUCCGUAACAGGUUUUUAGCUAGACACUGAAUCUACCAGCCUAAAUGUUCUCUUAUUUGCAUUUCUCCGUUGUCCGACAUUUACAAAUAUGAUUAACCUGACUGAUCUGCAUUACUCUAUAAAAUGUGAUGUUAAUACCAUGGCUUUGGUAGAAAGAACUCCUCUCAAUAUUACAAUGUUCAACAAAUCAAUAGUUUUUAGUCCAACUAUUUCAAACUUUGACUCAGCGGACUUGAAGUUGGUACUACUCCAUAAACAUUGACGUUUUAUGUUUUUAUUAUAAUAAUAAUAAUGAUCAUUAUUAUUUGUAUUACAUUCUAGGAAUCCAGUUGGUACAUUUCUCAUAUUGGUUAUUGAAGUUUUAUUUUUCAUCUAAGCACUUUAUUGCAAUUUUCUUCUUUUUUGUGGAAUGUCAGGUGAUUUGAUGGCUAAUGUCUAAUGGUUUACUCUCAUUAUCUGAAGUGUUUAAAUCACAAAAAUGUGUUUAAAGUUUGUGAAAAAGUAUGAUUACCUACUGCGUAAUGCACUUGAAAGACCUGAAUAAAUGGAUGUGGGCA